UCGGGGGCUGGGGAUAUUGCGGUCCCGCUUGAGACCGCUGGGUAUCUCGCCAGGGACGCUCUCGGUUCGUAUUGACUUGUGAUGCCGUUGCAGGGAGCGAUCACGGGUACCUCUCCGGCAUUUCUCUCUCCGAUGAACUUACUGGCGCCUUGACGCGUUUGUUUUUCCGAUGCCCAGCCGCUCGACUUUACCGCAGAAGUUUCGUUACCUGAAACGGAAUAGAUUUACUCCUCCGGCUAUGUAUCUCCAUCAUCUGCAUCCUCUACAAGUUUCAAUUUAAAUGCGACUUGGACAAUUAAAAAAAAAAAACUCGUUUACUAUGAUGGUCGAUGUUGCUUAGACCCGAAGCAAACACCGAUCGCUGGGAAAAUACCAACCCCCCUUUUUUUUAAUGCACGCGAUCUACCUGGAGGUGAAGAAGCGGAUUAGGAGAUGUACUCUUAUUAAAUAGGCUGCCCGCGCCAUAGCGUUAUUGCCGAAAGGGAUUUCGCCGCACGCCUGACUAGCGAUCCGUAUGCGAAGAUGAGCGUUUGCGGGGACUUCGCCGUGUCCUGGAGGUGCCUGGUACUCCUGUCUCUCAGGCUGCUCUUUCUUGUACCCGCAGGAUUGCCAGUCCGCAGCCAAGGGGACUCCCAGUCAGAUAACAAAGUGAUGGACAAUAUCACAGUCCGGCAAGGGGAGACCGUGUUUCUCAGAUGUCCCCAGGGCAACGCUGUGACCCACACAGCCUGGCUAAACCGUUCCAGUAUACUGUACGCUGGUGAAGACAAAUGGUCUGUCGAUUCGAGGGUGACCUUGGUCGCUUUGACCCAAGAGGAGUUCACCAUCAAGAUCGAGAAUGUGGACGUACCAGAUGAAGGCCCAUAUAUCUGUGCCGUACAGACCCGGAGCAGGCCCAGGACCACAUCGGUUCACAUUAUCGUCCAGGUGCCUCCGAGAAUCGUGAAGUUGUCCAAUGACAUUGCGGUGAACGAAGGCUCCAAUGUCACCUUGAUGUGCUUCGCCAAUGGGAAGCCAGAGCCCACAAUCAGCUGGAGACGCCUCUCUCCAACUGUCCAAGGUUUUGCAUCAGAGGACGAGUACUUGGAAAUCCCAGCCAUCUCCCGGCACAAGGCAGGAACAUACGAAUGUACAGCUGCCAAUGACGUUUCCUUAGAUGUACAAACACUGGAUAUAAUAGUCAACUACCCCCCGAGUGUGUUGGAAGGCAGAGAUGUUGGCGUCACUCUGGGUCAGCAAGGGGUCCUUCAGUGCGAGGCAGAGGCGGAGCCCCUGGCAAAAUUCGAAUGGUACCGAGAUGACAAGAGGAUCUCUAAUGGAUUUGACGGUAUUGAGAUUGAGAACACCGGCCGGCUGUCCAUGCUGACAUUUUUCAACGUGUCGGCGACGGACUAUGGCAAUUACACCUGCGUGGCCGUCAACAAACUGGGCAGCGCCAACACAAGCGUCGUCCUCUACGAAGUAAUUGAACCCACUAGCUCAACACUAUUGCAAGAUAAGACGUCUGAUUUAGUACAGAUGACUUCUUCAGACUAUACAAUAUGGGAAGGACCGGGAGCAGUGCAGGAUGGGAACAGCGGGGGACCGGGGACGCACACCUCGGCCUGCCUUUGGCUCGUCAUCGUCACUCAGCUCCUGCCCAAGUUUUGAUGCACAACACAUUUCGGAGGGGCGGUUUCAUUUCUCGUGUCUUCUUCUAUCACCCGGAAACACAGACUGCUGCCCCAUACGUCUGAGGGCUCCCCCGUGUCCAGCCCCCAAACCCUAAAAUCAAUUUCACAUGUUUCAUUUCUUAUCAGUUUUUCAGGUGAAGUGCAAAAAUGGUACUGCCAUUGACUUCAUGUGCGACCUUCAUCCGAUCUCAAGGGUUUUUUUUCUUUCUCAUUUUUAGCGUGAUGAUGAUAAUAUAAAUAAUAAUAUUUUUUGGCAAAUGGAGAAACCGGAAAGAUAAUAACCGAAAAAAAAAACAACAGACUCAAAAGUCUGAGUUCUUCCUCUACAAGACAAGUUUAACUGGUUUGAGCCACACUAUAUUUUUAGUACUAUUAAUGACAUACUUAAUGCAAAACUAAAUGAAAUAAUUAUAUAUAAAAAGAUUAUAUAAAUUAUACAAGAAAGGGUUUAAGAACAAAUCUAGCUCCUGUGGCUUGAUUUAUUUGUAACAGGCAAAACGAUAAGCGUACAUAGUAACAGCUUAUUUUAGGGAACCGGAAAAUAUUGUACGAUAAGACUUUAACAGACCAAUUACUGGAGCAACAGUAAAGUUUGAUAACCAUUUAAUAUAUGGGGGAGAUAAUUAUUUUGUGAGCAUAGUACAUUUAAUCACUAGGUAUCAACUUAUCUCAAGAGUGUUAACAUCCUACAAUUUGUAUCAUGAUACUAUGAGGUUGUACUUAGUAAAUGGUUGUGAUGUGAGUCCGUUUUAAAGGGAAUUGAGAACAAUUUAAAAAGAAAAACAGUGAAUACUAACCAGGGCUUCCGGAACAGAGGGAUUUCAUCCCUUCUCACGAUCCAUUCUUUUCCGAAUCCCAUGAUUGUUUUUGUUCCCCAUCAACUGGCCCCCAAGGACUGGCUGCGUCACAUGUCCUUAUUAAUAUAUCAGACACAGCAAAAUCCUGUCAUGGACUGUGGACCGUUUGGUUCUGUGGAUAAGAUAACACUUGGAGGGGUAAUGUACAAAAUAAAUGUGUAUAUUUUAAUAAAAAUGUAUGGGAUAAAAAAGGUAACAUCACCAGAGAUUGCUAUAUGCUGAUUGUAAUAAGACAUUUUAUAAUCAGAUUUAAUUAGCGUUAAAUGGAAUGCAUUUCAUGUAAUUGCCAUGGCUCGAUUUGAUGUAAAACAUCCUACAAGUCAGACAAUACAAAGACUCGUGAUGCAUGUGUGUUACUCACAAAUUCUGUAAUUUUGGUCCUUGGAGGAUAAGAUGCAUCUGGCAUUUAAAAAAAAAGCACAUUCGUAAUUUCCAGCUGGAAUUAAACCCUUCUUCUUGUUGAUCUAAGGCGUAAUUUUGCAGAGCACCAUCUAAGUGUUAGACGAACUGAAUCCUAGCUCAUUUUGCUUAUCCUUUCUUUUCUUAUGCGGCAUAUUGUGGUCUGUCUGUAUACUGGAAUGUUUUUUUUUUAAUUUCCCCUAAGGCAGAAUAUGUGAGUUAUCUGCUGUAAGGCUCGCCUAUAAGCCUGUAAGUGCAUCUUUUACAGGCCAAUCCACUUGGGAGCCCCCCCCCCCAGUUUUAUUAUCUGUUUUGUUUGUAAACUCGGAAGCCUUCCUAUCGCUCCGCAUUAAGCUAGUCAUUGUACGACGGUCAACUGGUUAUGGGUUUGUGUAUCUAUGCAGGUUUGCAUUGCUUCAUACCACAAGUAGCAGUAGAAGAUAGUGUGCAUUCUUCAUGUCAUAAAAUACAAAACGGAAAAGUCGUGUGUACUUAUUGUGCAUUUAUUCCAAAGUUAAAAUACUUCAUUUAAACACUUAGAGAGUACACUUUUCAUAGUUUCUGUGGCAUUGACAUUUUUUUCACAGACAAUGAAGCAAAAUAGUCUAUUUGAAUGGUAACUUUGGAUUUGAUCCUCUAAGAACACCCACACGAUUUUUGCCUCAAUACAGCAUUGGCUGUUCUGUAUUUUGAUUAAUGCUUAAGCAUGGUGUUGGCCCUAACAAUACCCAAACGCCAAAUCCAUACUUCCAACUCACUUGAUGUCCAUUAUUUACUGACAGGGAUGGUUGUAUCACGCAAGCAGAGGGGACACAGCACUCUAAUCCAUGUUUGGAGCUAGCUGCAUUAACCAAGGACAGAAGGAUGAGUGACUUACUUUAUAUUUAAUGUUUAUAUAUAGAUGAGAACUUCAGCAAGGUUACUGCCAUGCUUAGGGUAGAUUCAAUAAAAGCUCCUAGGCCAACACUUUUUUCCUCUUCUUUCUUGUUUCUAGGUAAGCAAAGAUACAGAGACUGAGCACUAAAUGUCCGCAAUACAUUUCAGAUAAUUGGUUGCUUCUUUCCUUCAACGAUUGGUUCUUUGUUUCUCCUUGGAUCUCCUUUGAGGAAACGUGGCAACGGUAGCAUUUUCAAUUGCGCCUACCCCAUAGCGCUGUAUGUGUUGUUUCGUGACAGUAUUGUAAACGGGUCAGGGUGCUCUCCGUUUGUACCGAAGCCUGAACAGCAGGGCUUAGGUGACCGAACUCUGCGGGUGGAUCGUCCGUGACUCUGCAUGAUCGUUUCUAAGAUCUGGUUAUAAUGAACUGAUUAUAUUCACUCUGAUUUUAUUUCGACCGUUGAUAUCAAUUUGCACACUGGCCCCUUCUAUGUGACUUCUACGGCCCUUCUUACGACGUGUAUGCGGCCUUCUGCCCGCUACCGUUCAUUCCGCCAUGAAAGAAAUAGCCUUCUAUUUGAUUCCCUGUUAUGUAAAUGAUCGUUGGCUCAUUAUGUAUUUUCUUUGAAGAUUGUGUGUUCAUAUUUAAAACUGACAAUAAUAAAAUGUUGUAUCUGUUGUAUCUUA